AAAACAGGAAUGAUAGUUUCAGGCCUGAUACCACUUCAGCUUUUUAACCAGCAAGUUUACAAGAAUCGUGGACUAGAGACAUACUGCUUGUUGAAGAGGUGCGAUGAUGUAGGAAAGUGGUACCAAUCAAUCGGAUAUGCAUUUGAGCCAGCGCAGAAGCAAGAGGCAACCUUCAAGGAGGAUUAUAAGCAGACAACUCACAGAGGAGGACCCCAGUACAGGUCGCCCAACAUCGCGAGGGUGUGGAAUUUUGAAAGUGUGGCAGGUUUAAAGAUCCAACUGAUCGGAACGAGGAUAAUUCCUGAAGCAGUUGUCCUAGAGUUCCAUUCAACUUGCAUCAUGAAUAUCCUAACACAAAAAGCAGCAUAUGCGCUAUUUCCCUAUAUCACAUUCAAGCAACAAGCAACACUACUUGUCAAUGCCAAGGGAGAGCUUCUGAGGAAGUACAAAUCAACGAGGAAGAAAUAUAAGCAUCAUGGAUUCAAGGUAGAGAGGUUACCUGAUAUCGAGCAAAUAGUGGGGAAACAUAGAGAGCUGGGCUUUGCAACCCCCCAGUGGAUAGGUGACAGCAAGAUAUGGAAACACGAAGUUGAGUAUUUUGGCCCUGGGAUGGUGCAGCCAGACAAUGUGCAGAGAGUGAGUUGGGACAUGAUAUAUGAUCCGAGCAGAAUGUUACCGAGUGCAGUGACCUCAUGUGUUUGA